UUUCCUUCCGUACGCUGUCACCAUGACCCUGACGAAAGGUUCCUUCACCUACUCCAGUGGGGAAGAAUAUCGAGGCGAGUGGAAGGAAGGCCGCAGACAUGGUUUUGGUCAACUGUUGUUUGCAGAUGGUGGCAUCUACCUGGGUCAUUUUGAGAAUGGGCUCUUUAAUGGCUUCGGGGUACUGACCUUCUCCGAUGGCUCAAGGUAUGAGGGGGAGUUCGCCCAGGGCAAGUUUAAUGGCGUCGGAGUCUUCAUUCGACAUGACAACAUGACAUUUGAAGGGGAAUUUAAAAAUGGCAGAGUAGACGGUUUUGGCCUGCUGACCUUCCCUGAUGGUUCUCACGGAAUACCCCGCAACGAAGGUCUGUUUGAGAACAACAAGCUGCUGCGGCGUGAGAAGUGCUCCGCAGUCGUGCAGCGGGCCCAGAGUGCCUCCAAGUCGGCCAGAAAUCUCACUGCCUGACGGGCGUCGUGCACCUGCUCCCAGGCACAGGCCAAAGCGCAGGCCCCGUGACGCCCUCGAGGCGAAUCCAUGAACCAGAUGGGAGAGGAGAUGAGAAUGCCCACGGAGCAGAGGCCUGGAGACAUGCCCCCUCACCUGCCCGGUGGGGAUUCAGUGACGAAAGCCGUGAGGAUUCUGGCCCCCCGGCCCACAGCAGGGUCACCAGCUCUGUCUCUGCCUCUCUCCCUGGUUGGUAUUCUGUGUCCCUAACGCCUCGGGUCGCCCAGUGCAGACCUGCUUCUACUCGAUUUCCUGCCGACGGAGGCAGAAUCUCUUCAUUCUGCCUGUACCGGGGGCAGAUGAUCCCGGCCCCAGGUUAGGGCUAGUGCUUUGUGCUACCCUGGAGAAACAAGGAGAAACAUAGGGGUGGCUUAGACAGCUCCGCAGUCCUGUGAAAGUCAGAGCCAGAGCGUUUCCUUGUGUCACCCCCUCAGUGGCUGCUGGUUGGCUUCAUGG